AUGAAACAUCCAGUGAUUUUACCCAAAGAUCAUCAUGUGUCCACUCUAAUUCUUAACCAAAUUCAUCAGGAUUUGUUACAUAGUGGCAGAAAUCAGAUGCUAGCUAAGCUAAGAGAACGUUACUGGCUUAUCCAUGCUCCAUCUGCAAUUCGGAAAGUCAUAUCAAAGUGUGUUACUUGUAGACGACAGAGGUCUAAGGUCGGAGAGCAAAAGAUGGCAAGUUUGCCCAAAGAUCGUAUUAUCCCAGACGAACCACCAUUUAGCAGAGUUGGUGUGGAUUACUUCGGACCAUUUGAAGUCAAAGUGAAACGGAGUCGUGUGAAACGCUACGGUGUUAUAUUCACUUGCAUAGCUAGUCGUGCAGUGCAUCUAGAGAUAGCAGCUUCGUUGGAUACAGAUUCCUACAUAAAUGCACUACGUCGUUUCAUAGCAAGAAGAGGACAAGUAAAGAAAAUACGUUCCGACAAUGGAACUAACUUUGUUGGUGCCGAACGUGAACUUAAAAAAUCCAUACAAGAAUGA